AUGUUUAGAUCUUUCAUAUCUGCGGCAAUCGUGCUCGUCACGACGAUCGCACAGGUUGCUGCCUCCUCUGCACCCAGCAAUCCUAAUGAUCCCAGUCUGCAGAACAUCGUUACAUGGGACUCGCAAUCGAUUUUCGUGCACGGUCAACGUGUAAUGUUCUUCUCUGGUGAAUUCCAUCCUUUCCGCUUGCCAGCACCGGGACUCUGGCUCGAUGUCUUCCAAAAGAUUAAGGCGCUGGGCUUCAAUGGUGUAUCCUUCUAUACAAACUGGGCUCUACACGAAGGUAAACAGGGAACCUUUUCAGCGGAAGGUGUAUUCGCUCUGGAGCCUUUCUUUGAAGCGGCACAGACUGCAGGAAUCUACCUUCUUGCUCGCCCGGGCCCGUAUAUCAAUGCCGAGGUCAGUGGUGGUGGCUUUCCUGGAUGGUUGGCUCGCAACCCCGCUGCGCUGAGGACACGGGAGCCAGGAUAUCUGGAAGCUACCCAGAACUACGUGUCGCACAUUGGUGAAAUCAUUGCGAAAGCCCAGAUCACCAAAGGUGGUCCUGUCAUUUUGUUGCAGGUUGAGAACGAGUACUCGUCAGGAGAUCCACCUUUUCCAGAUCCAGAAUACUUCCUGGACGUCGAAUAUCAAUAUCGCAAUGCUGGUAUUGUGGUCCCUUUUAUCAGUAAUGACAAUGGCCCCCACGGAUAUUUCUAUGAUCAAGGACCACCAAAAUGGCCCAUUUACGGUCAUGAUAGCUACCAAAUUGGGUUUGAUGACAAUAUUUACGAGUGGGCCGAUGACUUGUUACCUACAAACUACCACGCUCUGCAUGAGGAAAUGGCACCAAAUACACCAUAUGCUGUCGUUGAAUUUCAGGGCGGCAGUUGGGAUCCGUGGGGAGGCUAUGGCUACAACAAGUCCGCUGCGAGAAUGGGCCCAGAGUACGAACGGAUCUUUGGCAAAAAUCUCUAUAGUUCCGGGGUGACCAUUUUCAACACAUACAUGACAGCCGGAGGUACGAACUGGGGCAACAUGGGCUAUCCCGAAGGAUAUACCAGCUAUGAUUACGGGGCAGCAAUCACGGAGCUUCGUACGGUGGAGCGGGAAAAGUACAGCGAACUGAAGCUCGAGGCAAUGUUUUUCCAAUCGUCGCCAGCAUAUCUCACAGCUGUUCCGCAGGAUAACUCCCAUGCCAACGGAUCAUAUACGGGCAACACGGCUCUGGCAACAACAGCUCUUCUCGGAAAUGAAACCAACUUUUUCGUCGUUCGCCAUGCCGCAUACAACUCCAUUGACACAACUAGUUACAAUAUUGAGAUUCCGACUAGCCAAGGAAACAUCAGCAUUCCACAGCUCGGUGGCUCGCUGACAUUGCAGGGCCGUGAUUCCAAGAUCCAUGUCACGGAUUACGCUGUGGACGAUAUCACCCUACUUUAUUCCUCGGCCGAGAUUUUUACCUGGAGGAAGUAUGGACAGAAAAGGGUUUUAAUCGUAUAUGGAGGCCCAGGGGAGACGCAUGAGAUUGCAGUCUCCCAGGGAGGACAGCCCAGGCUUGCUGAAGGAAGCAGUGAGGAGGUCCAGUUUGGGAACAAGUCCAACGCAACCAUCAUUAAAUAUAAGGCCUCCUCAACGCGGAAUGUUGUGACUCUAUCAUGCGGCCUGGAUAUUUACUUGAUAGAUCGAUAUGCAGCAUACAACUAUUGGUCCAUCGAUUUGCCAAGUGAUCCGGUUUUCAUGAACUUUUCCAACCCCUCCUCUCACUCUGCCAUUAUUGUAAAUGGAGGCUACCUUCUGCGAAGUGUAUCGGUGGCUAACAAUGGCAUACAUCUCUCCGGUGACUUCAAUACCACCACAGAUAUUGAGGUGAUUGGCGCAUCAGCCGGAGUUCAAUCCCUCUUCGUGAACGGCAACAAAACACCCUUCAAGCAGGAUUCGAAUGGGACUUUAACAGCAGUGGUAAACUUUGCUAGGCCAAAGUAUUCUCUCCCUGAUCUUUCCAAGAUCGGAUGGAAGGUCAUCGAUUCCUUGCCGGAGAUCAAGACUGACUAUGAUGACACUAUGUGGACUACGGCAACCCUCACUACAAGCAAUAACACGGCACGGAACCUCACUACACCGGUUUCUCUCUAUGCCUCUGACUAUGGAUAUAAUACGGGCUGCCUGCUUUACCGUGCCCACUUCCGCGCCAAGGGCAACGAGUCCCUCUUCCUCGAGACCCAGGGCGGCUCUGCCUUCGGUCAUUCAGUGUGGGUCAACGAGACUUUCGUUGGCUCAUUCUCCGGCGCUAUUACAGCUUCCAAUUGGAAACAGAACUUCACUUUGCCAUCGCUUACCGUCGGUCAGAACUACGUCAUUACGGUCCUAGUUGAUCAGAUGGGAUUCGAAGAGAACGGAGCAGCGGGCUCAAGCAGUAUGAAGACACCUCGGGGGAUUCUUGAAUACUCUCUUUCAGGCCACAAUAAGUCCGACACUGUGUGGAAGCUCACGGGUAAUCUGGGCGGGGAGGACUACCAGGAUCAUACUCGCGGCCCACUUAAUGAGGGUGGCUUAUACGCAGAACGUCAAGGGUACCAUCUCCCCGGGGCUCCGAUUUCAUCAUGGAAGAGCAGCGAACUUGGUCCGAUGGAGGGACUAAAAGGCGCGGGUGUUGCAUUCUACGCAACUAGAUUCGACCUGGACAUGCCAAAUGACUAUGAUAUUCCCAUUCAGAUCUCGUUUGCCAAUACGACAAAUACUACAUCCAGUCUUCGGUGCCAGAUCUAUGUGAACGGGUACCAGUUCGGAAAAUGGGUGCACAAUAUCGGACCACAGAGCCUUUUCCCUGUCCCCGAAGGAAUCUGGGACUACCACGGCAGCAAUUACUUGGCCAUGACCUUCUGGGCAUUGGAACAAAAUGGA